AUGGGUGACGUCGUUACUAUCAGAACGAGAAAGGUUCUUACCAACAAGCUUCUCUACAGAAAGCAAAUGGUGAGUUUUUUUUUUAAUUUUUAGCUGAUUUGAAGUAUUUUAGAAAUUCUUAUAAUCUUCAAGUCGAGGAGGGAAAUUUCGUUUGAAAUAGUUUCAAAACAUUUCUAUAAUAAUGAAUAAAUGGAGUAUUUCUCAAUUUUCAGGCUGUUGAGGUCAUCCACCCAGGACGCCCAACUGUCCCAAAGACCGACAUCAAGGAAAAGAUCGCCAAGUUGUACAAGACCACCCCAGAUACCGUUGUUCCAUACGGAUUCGAAUCCAAGAUCGGAGGAGGAAAAUCAAAGGGAUUCGCUUUGAUCUACGACACCGUUGAUUACGCCAAGAAGUUCGAGCCAAAAUUCAGACUUGUCCGCGUAAGUUUAUUCCACACCUCGGCCAAAAUCGUGGUUUCCACAAUAAAAAAUUGUACGCUAACUUUUUACAGUACAAAAAUUGUGAAUUUUUCAGUUUUUGUCCUCUAAAAAUUGUGAUUUUUCAAUUUUUGACCUCUAAAAACUGAAAUUUAGAUUUUUCAAAAAAUUGUACUCUGGCCAGCCACGGCUUGGCCGAGGUGUGGUUUAUUCACAACUUUUUAUAACAUUUUUAUUCUUUUACUUUCCAAUUUUCAGAACGGACUUGCCGCCAAGGUUGAGAAGCCAGGACGUAAACAACGCAAAGAAAGAAAGAACAGACAAAAGAAGGUCAGAGGUACCGCCAAGGCCAAGGUUUCUGCUGGAAAGAAGUAA